AGCUGCCUGUGCCAGUGAGACAGAGAAACACGUGGGUGAACUUAGCCAGUUUGUUAAAAGUCUCUGGAACUCUGCUGGGUGUGUUAAUUUCCUUCCAGACACAGAAGAGACUAAAAUAGGACAGAGGAAAAAAGGCGGUAUAUAAAUGCAACAAUAAAUAAAGAAAGAAAGAAAGAAAGAAAGAAAGAAAGAAAGAAAGAAAGAAAGAAAGAAAAGGACGAUGGCAAAAAGAGUUGCAGUUAUAGGUGCUGGCGUGAGUGGGCUGACAUCUAUCAAAGGCUGCCUAGAUGAAGGCCUCGAGCCCACUUGCUUUGAGCGAAGCACUGAUAUCGGGGGACUAUGGAGAUUCACGGAAAAGGUAGAGGAAGGCAGGGCAAGCAUCUACAAGUCUGUCGUCACCAAUACUUCCAAAGAGAUGUCCUGCUUUAGUGAUUUUCCAGUGCCUGAUGACUUUCCAAACUUCCUGCACAACUCCAAGUUUCUGGAAUAUUUACGACUGUAUGCAAAGCACUUCAAUCUACUCAAGUAUGUCACUUUCAAGACCACAGUUGUCAGUGUAGAAAAACGUCAAGAUUACCCUACCACUGGCCAAUGGACUGUAAUCACAGAGAGAGAUGGGAAGCAGGAAUCGUUCAUCUUCGAUGCUGUUAUGAUCUGCACAGGACACCAAAUUGAAGCCUACACCCCACUGGAGUCUUUUCCUGGUUUUGAGAAGUUCAAGGGUAACUAUCUCCACAGUCAAAAAUACAAAGACCCAGAAGUAUUCCAAGGGAAAACAGUUGUGAUAAUUGGAAUGGGGAAUUCAGCUGCUGAUCUUGCUGUGGAGAUCUGUCGGAAGGCAAAGAAGGUGUCCAUCAGCACUAGGGGAGGCUCCUGGGUGAUGAGCCGAGUGCAUGACAAUGGUUAUCCGUGGGACACCAUCUUUCAUACCCGUUUCAACAACAUAGUCCAAAAUUCCCUCCCGUGGUUUCUUCUGCAAUGGAUGACAGAACAGAAGAUGAAUCAGUGGUUUAAUCAUGAAAACUAUGGUCUAAUGCCUCGUAACAGGUCCCUGAUGAAAGAGCCAGUUUUCAAUGAUGACUUGCCAAGCCGUAUUCUCUGUGGCGCUGUGACCGUGAAACCACUUGUCAAAGAAUUCACUGAAAACUCUGCCAUUUUCGAAGAUGGGACUGUGGAGGAGAAUGUGGAUGUUGUCAUCUUUGCAACAGGCUACAGCAUUGUGUUCCCCUUUCUGGAAGAGUCAGUGAUAAAAGUGGAAGAUAAUCGUGUCCCCUUGUAUAAACAUGUCUUCCCUCCUCAUCUAGAGAAGCCAACAAUGGCUGUUAUUGGCCUCAUCCAGCCCCUUGGGCCAAUCAUGCCCACCUCAGAGCUGCAAGCACGCUGGGCUACCAGAGUCUUCAAGGGACUGAGUGUGCUGCCUCCAGAGAGCACCAUGGUGGCUGAUACCGUCAGAAGGAAUGAGAAGAGGAUCAAAUGGUUUGGCACCAGCCGCAGCCAAUCAAUCCAAACAGAUUUCAUCGAGUACCUCGAUGAGCUUGCUAUUGGUUCAGGGGUGAAACCAGACCUGUUCUUGCUGCUGCUGAAAGACCCCAAGCUGGCUCUGACUGUCUUCUUUGGGCCCUGCAGCCCAUUCCAGUUUCGCUUGGUGGGACCAGGGAAGUGGGCUGGUGCUAGGAACGCCAUCCUCACUCAGACAGAGCGGAUCAUCAAACCCACAAAAACCCGAAUUGUGAACAAAGGUUCAAACCACCUCCUGAUCUCUCUGCUUAAAAUCCUUGCUGUUCUUGCUCUCUUUGUUGCAAUUUACCUUUCCCUUAGUCAGCACUGAUCUCCAUCACAUAAUAAGAGAAUGAUUAGUUGUAUACUAAUCAGCAGGCUGCUUAAGUUACAUGUGAUGCCUCUUUCUGUAAUAACCAGACUACCUUCUGCGCAUAUGGGGUCAAUGCAGACUUAUAUUGUGCCUGAUUUUAACAGCCAGCCUUGUGCCACUCAAAAGCAGGGGCGUAUCUAGGGUAGGGCAGGCAGGGCACAUGCCCCAGGUGCCACUUGAAGGGGGAGUGCCAUAUUGUAAAAAUGAUUUUUUAAAAAAAUGACUGCUGAAAACAAAAUGGCCAUCAUGCAUGCUCAAAUGGCCUCUGUGAGGCCCUAGGUCAUGCCAGGCCUUGCAGAGGCCAUUUGAGCAUGCGCGGUGGCCAUUUUGUUUUCAGUGGCCUUUUUAAAAAAAAAGAGAUUAUUUUUAAAAAUGGCCACCGCACAUGCUCAAAUGGUACCUGCAAGGCCCUAGAGGCCAGCGGGGUGAGGGGGAACCUUUGCAAACCACCCCCCAGCCUUUAGGAAGCCCCCCAAAGGGGCUACAGGAAAAUAAUAAUAAUAAUAAUAAUAAUAAUAAUAAUAAUAAUAAUAAUGAAGCAGAUGAAACCGUGGACCACCUAAUCAGCUGUUGUAAAAAGAUCACACAGACUGACUACAAACAAAGGCAUGACAAGGUUGCAGGGAUGAUACACUGGAACAUCUGCAAAAAAUACAAGCUACCUGUAGCCAAACACUGGUGGGACCAUAAAAUUGAGAAAGUGGUAGAAAAUGAAGAUGUAAAAAUAUUAUGGGACUUCCGACUACAAACAGACAAACAUCUGCCACACAAUACACCAGAUAUAACUGUAGUCGAGAAGAAAGAAAAACAAGUCAAAAUAAUUGACACAGCAAUACCAGGGGAUAGCAGAAUAGAAGAAAAAGAAAUAGAAAAAAUCACCAAAUACAAAGAUCUACAAAUUGAAAUUGAAAGGCUGUGGCAGAAAAAGACCAAAAUAAUCCCAUUGGUAAUUGGCGCCCUGGGUGCAGUUCCAAAAGACCUUGAAGAGCACCUCAACACCAUAGGGGCCACAGAAAUCACCAUCAGCCAAUUACAAAAAGCAGCUUUACUGGGAACAGCCUAUAUUCUGCGACGAUAUCUAUAACAAUUGACAAUAAAAUUCUGGCAUCCCAGGUCCUUGGGAAGGACUCUAUGUCUGGAUAAAACAAACCAGUCAAUAACACCUAUCUGACUGUGUAAACAAGAAAUAAUAAUAAUAAAAUAAAAGACACUGUACACAUAUUCAGAUUGGCACUAUGUGCAGAGAAUCAGGGCUUGUGAAUACUGAGCUGAUGCUUAUGAGCUAGGAUUGUAUUCAUUUGCUCUUACUUUGCUUCUUGUGAUAAGUGAGUUAAAUGUGAUGUCUUAAUAAUAUGGCUAUUAAUGGUGAGUUUGUCUUUGAAUCAGUGUGAAAUCCUUAAUAUUAAGGCCCACUGGGAGUUUCUUGCUCUCUUUCUCUCAUUUUAACUGUCUUUCUGAAAGACUAGAAUAUAUUCCAAGCAGUGACACAGUUUAGCAAUAGCAAUAGCAAUAGCACUUACAUUUAUAUACCACUCUAUAGCCGGAGCUCUCUAAGCGGUUUACAAUGAUUUUUAGCAUAUUGCCCCCAGCAUUCUGGGUACUCAUUUUACCGACCUCAGAAGGAUGGAAGGGUGAGUCAACCUUGAGCCCCUGGUCAGGAUCGAACGUAACCUUCUGGUUACAGGGCGGCAGUUUUUACCACUGCGCCACCAGGGGCUCUUACUCUGCAUAUCCUUUAAUUAUUUACAGAGUAUCUUUGGAAAAGUCAAAUUCUUGAUUUAUUUUUAAAACUUAUGUAAUGGUGAUGCUACAAUGCAUAGUAGAGAAUUAGACAGGCACUUCUGUUUAGUUUUCCAAGUACACCUCCACAUAGUAUUUGGGGAUUUAAUGAGCCCCCACAUACUGAAAUUUGUAGUUUUCCAGCAUUUUUUGGUGUGGCUACGUCCACUGCUAAAUAGUUUUUGAAAAGAUUAACAAGCCUGACUUGUAUUUUUCAGCUGAUAUUAUGGUAAAGUUAUCUGAAAGAUGAGUGUCAGAUGCUUGGGCAGGAGGGCGCAAUUUCAGUGUUUGCCCUAGGUGCUAUUUUCCCUAGAUACGCCUCUGCUCAAGAGAUCCUGCAAACUUUGUCACUGUAUAUGUUAGCAAGUGGAAAGAGAGGUAGACAUCUCUGAAUUAUGCACAAAGUCAGAGAGGAGAUAUAUUGGGGCAGGACAAAGGUCUUUUGUGAAGAUUGUGUGUGCCCAACAGUUUUCCAAUUAAACUGGAACAACAACAGAAGCAACAACAGAAAACCUUCCAAAGAUGGAGGCAAAAGGGACUGAACAAUGGGCAGGACAGAAGGAAAUUGCAAACACACACACACACACACACACACAUGUUGGUGACACUAUGGGGUGGUUAGUAUUUGUUUUGUGGAGUACUAAUUUUGACACGCCACAGCAAGAGGCCAACAUCCAAUCAGCACAGGUAAAAGGCAAAAGAUUUAUACGAGUUAGUUAUAAGUUUAUUCGGUCAUUGACCAGCAAACAUUUACAAUAAACCAGUACGUAUUUUACAAAUAAUAUAACAAAACUUGGCCAUAACAGAAAUAAUAUCAGUGUCCUCAUUAAUUAAAAGAUAAUUUAAAUAAAAUUCAUCAGACCGGCCAGGCAAAUUGUCUAACAUAGGAGAUAAAAGUCUUAAACGGGGUUCCCUAUAAAAAUCACAAUAAAGAAUAACGUGCGAGGUGGAUUCUAUAACCCCUUUGCCACAUGGGCAAAGACGUAAAAAUAGCGGAACUCCCUUGAACCUGCCAUCCAAUACUGCUGUAGGAAGAACAUUUAAACGUGCUAAAGUGAGGGCUCAUCUAAAUUUAGGGACAAGCACCACAUCAAAAUAUUUAGCUGGUUUAAGAUUAAUAGCUUGACUCCCUAAGUAUAAACCCUGCUUGAGCCAUGCACCUUCUUGUUGAACUUCUAUAUCCAGGACACGUUGCUUAACUAACUUCCUGGCUUGCUCAAUUCCUACAGUAUGCAAAUCCUCUAUGGAGAGGCCAAAAGAGGAAAAUUAGAGGAUUUAUACGAUUUGAAGAGAAACCAAAGGUGGAAAGGUAGAGACUUCUGUAAAGGGUGUACCGCACACCAAAAUCUCUUAAUUGCACUGCCUAUAGAUUUUAACAUUCAUUCGAUUUUUUUCCAGCCCUUCCCUUCAGUAGUAGUAUCCUACUAUCAAUACCUCAGUACUCUCUUUGAAUUUCAAAUAUCACUCUGUCCAAAAUGAAAAUGUCAGCAACCUUUGUUUUCAUUUCCUGCAGAAGUAAAACAAGCUUUUCCUAGUCUUGUUUUAUUUUAUAAUGUUCAUGUUCUUAGUUAAAUUUGUUUCCUAUGAGAAAGGUCAUAUCUACUUUCUCUCUAGUUAUACAUUUAUUUACAGUUUGUCUCUUAAUAAAGCUGAGACCUCUUUAAAAAAAAAAACAAUCAGCAAGGUCAGAGAAGAAGAGGUCCAAUGACAGGUGAACAUAUGUGCUUCUACAAAAACCUUAAAUGGCGCAGCAGGGAAAUGCUUGACUAACAAGCAGAAGGUUGCUGGUUCGAAUCACCACUGGUACUAUAUCGGGCAGCAGCAAUAUGGGAAGAUGCUGAAAGGGAGGAGGCAAUGGUAAACCCCUCCUGUAUUCUACCAAAGAAGAACAACAGGGCUCUGUGGGUGCCAGGAGUUGAAAUCGACUUGACGGCUCACUUUACUUUUACUUUUACAAAAAUUCAAUAUUCUCUGAAUUGGAACUUUGCCUUGAAGAAGAACUUUUUAAAGCAGGGCUAUCAAACCCCCAGCCCAUGGGCCAGAUCCAGCCCGUGCAGCUGCUUCCUCAGGCCCUCCAACCUUCCUUCCUUCCUUCUCCACACCAUGCCGUUCAGCUACUUCCUUUCUGUUCCCCCUGCCAAAAAGGGAGGAGGAGGAGGAGGAAGAAAACAGAAGGUGGUGUGAGGUAGGCUCGAGGAGACAGAAGGUGGUGAGAGGCUAUGUGCAAUCCCCCAGAGGUGCAUAGUAUGUAUUAUGUACUAUAUAUAAGUUCUUUAGUCAGAACAUAUAGGUUAAUGUAUAAAGAUAUAUGCAUGCCUUAGAGAUGAAUGUGAGCACGAUAUACAUAGUAUGUAUUGUAUUAUGUACAAGGGAGAGGAAUAGACAAAAGACUGGAAACAAA